AUGGUUGACUUUGCAUUCACUUACAUUGAAAAAGUGGCUCUGGCUCCUAAGAGAUUCUUUCUUCUUGCGAUGCUCCACAGCGAUGGCGUUUCAACCACCACCACCACCAGCAGGAGCUGGAAAGUGGCAAAGAAAUCGACGAAGGGAAUCGCCACACUCUUGGCGGCGCUCAAGGAGGCAAGCAAGGCCAGGGAUGCCAAGAGGGGGCGGGAGCUCCACUCCGACGCCAUAGCCAGUGGAGUUGCGGGCGAUAUCUUCGUGGGCAGCAGCCUGGUGGACAUGUACUGCAACUGCGGCCUCAUGGGUGAAGCGCGAGAGGUAUUUGACGCCAUGCCUAGCCAUGACAUUGUCGUUACGCAGAGACGACGAUGGAUUGGCGGCGCUCGCCCUCUUCUCGCCGAUGCGCGACGAGGCUGCUCUCCAAACUCGAGAACUUUUGUUGCUGCGGCCAAGGCAUGCUCUAGCAUUGCCACGGCUGAGAAGGAAGAAGAAGUUCCAAGAGGUAGCGAAGUAUGCUCGACUUCCAAGAUGGGAUCGCUGGAGAUUGGAAUGGCGAUCAACUCGCAGGCCCUGGAGAGGAGGUGCGGAUCCAUUUUCGUGGAGAGCUGCCUCGUCGAUAUGUAUGCCAAGUGUGGCGGCAUGGACGACGCUCGACGCGUUUUCGAGAGCAUGGAGAGGAGGAAUAUGGUGGCCUGGACGUCGCUCAUGCUGGGCUAUGCCGAGAGUGGCGAUGGCCAAGCUGCGCUCGAGCUCUUCCAGGUGAUGGAACGCGAGAAUUGCCCGCGUGACGCUCGGACUUUCGUUGCCGCGGUGAAGGCUUGCUCGAGCCUGGCUAUGGCGGCGAAGGAAGGAUCAUCUAGCGCGAGAGCCAUGAGAGCUCUUGAGACCGGCAUGUGUUCAUCGCGAAGCUCGCAAGAGUGGAUUCGAUGUGGGAGUAUGGAGGAUGCGAGGAGGAUCUUCGAGCGCUUCGCCAGCCACGACGUUGUCUCGUGGACGGCGUUGAUACUCGGCUAUGGUGACAAUGGCGAGAACGAGGUGGCGGUGGAGCUCUUCUUGCGCAUGGUUCACCAGGGAUACCAUGCAAACGCUCGGACUUUCGUGGCAGUGAUCAAGGCUUGUAGCAGCCUUGCCGAGGAGGAGCAAGGCGGAAGUGUGAUAAAGUUUCGCGCUCUCGCCACUGGAAUGGCGAUCCAUCGCCUCGCAGCUGCGAACGGUGGCUGCGAUACUAGGGACGUUUUCGUGGGGAACACUUUGAUCGACAUGUAUGCGAAGUGUGGAACUUUGGUGGAUUCCCGGCGAGUUUUCGAUGCGAUGCUUACACGGGAUGGUCUCGUACAACGCGAUCAUGCUGGGCUAUGCCGAGAAUGA